ACUUAAUUUUCAUUUUUCUUUUACUCAGAUUCUCUGUUCUUGAAUUUCUUUUUGUUCUUCAAAAAUAUUGAAAUUGAGUUAAUCAGAAGAAAUGAAUGUUUCAAUUGUUGAUAUUGAUCGUUCUGUUCAGGAAAUUCUGAUUCAUUUUGGUUUUAAUUUGAAACGAAUGAUUCAAUUCUUGAUAUUUUAUUUUAUGAAAUGAGUGAUUCAAUUGUGUGAAUUAGAAGAAAUAAAUGAUUCAAUUUUGAUAUUGAUUGUUCUGUUUACAAAAUUCUGAUUCAUUUUGAUUUUAAUUUGAAAUGAAUGAUUCAAUUGGUGAUAUUUGAUUUUAUGAAAUGAAUGAUUCAGUUGUCUGAAUUAGAAGAAAUGAAUGAUUCAUUUUGAUUAUAUUAUGCAGACCGUUUCUAACACCAGAUCAAUGGGAUGCGAUAACUCAUGACUACAAAGAUUUUGAGCUGAUACGUGCUGAAGGUCCAAGGUUCGGUGAGAUGUUCAAGUGCAAGUUGAAAUCUACCAAGGAGGUUGUAGCUAUGAAGAUUUUAACCAUUCCAGAAGACCAGAAAAGCAAUGGAAUUCCAUACAGUAUCUUGAAUCACUUCUCUAUCCUCAAAACGUUAAACCAUCCCAAUAUAGUCAAAUUGCAUACAGUGCUAAGAACUGAUCUGGAUAUGGAAGAUGUGUUUCUCGUUUUCGAGUAUAUUGACGUUAGUCUUAAAAAAUUCCUUGCCACUCCGUUCCCUAUUGACGUUCUAAAACUGGGAAAACCUUUUCUACGUCAAGCUCUUUCUGGAUUGGCAUACCUUCAUGUGCAGAAAAUUAUACACAGAGAUCUGAAACCUAAUAAUGUUCUGCUUUCAUUUAAAAACCAUGAGAUCAGUGCAUUGAAGAUGGUGUGGCAAAAUCUAUUGAACCUCCUCUUUCACCAUACUCUAUUAAUAUGGGUGAUCCUUGUUAUAAAGCACCUGAACUUUUGCUGGGUUUUACCAACUAUAUCUGGUCUAUGGGCUGCAUAUUUGCUGAGAUGAUUAAGUUCCAACCUCUGUUUAUUGGUAACGAUGGACCGAAGAUAUUGACCGAGAUAUUUUGUUUGCUUGGCAUGCCAACAGAAGAAAACUGGCCUGGUGUGGCUUCUAUGUGCAGCUUUAUUGAAUUUGAAGCAUUUGACCCUCCCAUAAAGCCGAAGGACCUUGCAGCUGAAUUCCCUAAGCUUGAACCAGAUGGUCUUGAUCUUCUUUCGAAAAUGCUUUGCCUAUGCCCAAAUAGCAGGAUUUCAGCUGAGGAAGCUGAUGACAAAAUUAGCAAGUGUACUAAUUUAUCGUUAAGUAAUAAAUUAAAUUCGUAUCCACAGGGAUUGUUUCAAUCUCGACAAGACAACUGUAUCGUAUUUAGGAAUGUAAAUGCAGGGGGAUUUGCUAAGCAAAGUUGGUUUAUAAAACAAUUAAAAUUAAAAGUGAUGAUUGCAAACGAUUAAAGAGAUGAUUAGAAUUUUCGAUUCACUUCCUCUUCAUGAUUUGGUAAAUGCGGUCCUAAGCUACCUUUUCACUCUUAUUGUCACGAUGAAUUAACUAAAUAGUUCAGACCAGUGUUAAUGACUAAGAACCCUUUUCCAUAAAAAUAAUUUCCUAA